UUUUUUUUUUGGCGGUCAGACAGGCAGCAACAGUUGUCACGAUGUCUGAGAUCAGAUGAGGCGAGAGCAGCGGAGUGAACGCUGCUGCGCUGCCGUGAUCCGGGCCGGGCUGGAUGAACGUGUUGCUGCCGCGUCCCGCCUGCAAUGAUACAGCCGUCUUAAUCACCUGGGACAGCGAGGGGAGUGUGGUGUAGGCUACAUCUGCGUGUCAUUCUGGGCUUUCGGCGUCAUUCAGCUCGUCAGCCGUUCCCCGGGUUGUGUCGAGGUUUUGUCUGCGGGUGAGGUGAACACAGACGUCAGGGCGGGCUCAUGUUCCGCUCAGCAGGGAAACGGGCUGUUGCGUCUGCAGAGAGUCAGAGCUGACGAGCCUGCUGAGACACACGGACUGACAGGCAGGCAGGCAGGCAGGCCGAGAGACAGACAGGAGCGAGGGGAGGGGGGCGACAGCCUGUUUCGGCUCUCUCGACCCUUUGCGGAUCGAGCCGAGCCCCCUCCUGAUUCUACCCAGAACCCCCACCCAUCUGCCUCCCGCUUUGGAUGGGGGGAAAGCAGAGCACGGCGGGGCGGCCCCGGGGUGCUUUUCCCGGUGUCUCUACGGAUGACAGCGCGGUGCCACCCUCGGCCCACUUCGGCCACUACCGGCCGAGCGGCACCAUGGGCCUGCGGAGCCGCUCGGUGAGCUCCGUGGCCGGGAUGGGCAUCGACCACAGUCCCGCCGUGCCCUUCAGCUUCUAUACCCCUAGAGGUACGGACUCGGAUCGAGCCGGAGGCGGGUCAGGGGGCACUACCGCCGCCCCCCACGGUACCGGCUACCAGGACACUGGGGGCGGAGGGCACCACACGGACGGGGUGCUCUAUCUGGGGUCCCGAGGGUCGCUGGCUGACACCUUGCCCCUGCACAUCGCACCCCGCUGGUUCAGCGCGCACAGCGGAUUCAAGUGUCCUGUCUGCUCUAAGUCUGUGGCGUCCAGUGAAAUGGAAGUCCACUUCAUCAUGUGUCUAAGCAAGCCUCGCCUCUCCUACAAUGAUGAUGUGUUGGCGAGGGAUGCCGGUGAGUGUGUGAUAUGUCUAGAGGAACUGCAGCAAGGGGACACCAUAGCCAGACUGCCGUGCCUCUGCAUCUACCACAAAAGCUGUAUAGACUCAUGGUUUGAGAUCAAUCGAUCCUGCCCCGAACACCCCUCUGACUGACUGACCACCAGGCCCACUAUGAAUACUCUUUCAAGGACAUCUCGUGGUCCUGCCAUGGAUAUCUGGACACAGACGCAACCAAAUCUGAUGAAACAAUCAAAGCGAUCAACACGUACUUAUUCUGACAGAUUCUAUCAUCCUAACCAAGAUAAUUAUUCCUCGUGAACUGAACCAAAAAAACGUGAAACCUUCGUACAUUAAAGGCCCUUCCCCCACCUCAGCGCUCCAUUUAACAUCUGCUGAAGAGACUGCUUACAAACCCGCCCCAAGCGCACUUCCAUCCCUCCCCUUCCACUUUUCCAGGCUAACAGAGUCCCUUACAGGGCUUCAUCGGCCUCAGCUCCCCCUCUAACUCAAGUGGCCAGUUGCUUCCCUGAUGUGCUCAGGUCAUCGCAGGCCUCCAGCAACUGGCCUUCCAUCUUCUAUCUGGAUCCAGGCCUGUCAGUCACUGGUGUCCAGCCCUUCCAUGGCCUUAACUUGGGAGAGGAGAGGAAGUAGAGCAGGGAGGGGGCAGGAGGGAAGAGGAAGAAAGCCAAACAAGGAAGACAAUGAGGAUCAGAGGGAGGAGGAGGAAAACAACGAAUGAAGGAUUGUUGAGUUGCAGAAGCUUGCUUUGAAAAACAGACUUGUACAUUAUUUGGUGGGCUUCUCAUCUCAGGACUCCAACUUUGUGACGUCCUCUCAAAACAGAAAGGGUGUGCUUCUUUCUUACAGUUCUUGCCUCUGUUCUGCGCCCAUCCUUGCCAAUUUGACUCAUUAUGAUCAAAUCAGACAGUCCCCAAAAUGCUUCUUAGAUCCGAUUUUUGCGCAUCUGGGCAGGCAGGGAGGGAUGGAGGGUUAAAAAAAAACAAACACAUAAACUGGGAUGUCAGCUUGUCUUGUAUGUACAGCAUGGAGGGGGGUCAUCUAACGAUGGACUGGGGGUGGGGAGGAGCAGUCUGAGCAUGCUCAGUUCCUAUUGAGCAGGAGGAAGGGGCCAGCAAUGUAGUUUACGCUCCUACUGUGUGUGUGUUUGGGAUGCCCCAGUGUCAGGCUUCACCCGGUAUGUGUAUGUACACUAUGUGUGUGUGUGUGUGUGUGUGUGUGUGUGUGUGUAGGGUGUGUGUGUGUGUGAGCUUGGAACCGUGACAACAUAGCUUUUGCUGAAGCCUAGUCUGUGUGUGUGUGUGUGUGUGUGUGAGACAGCGUGAAAGGUCACUGUAGAAGGCUGACUGGGACAGUGCUGUGUGUGUCUGUAUAUUGAAAUGUUUACAGUCUAGAUGUCCAUGUUCCCUGUGUGUGUGACUGGCAGUCCUCCCUUUACUUUGCUGAUGUUUACAGCUACAGAGAAGCGACGUGACAUAUUGUAAAUUACAUAUGUAACCUCUCUCGGUUCUUUCUUUUUAGAUCUGCCAGAUUUUUCAUGUGAUCAUGAUUAGUCAUUUUCUCGUGAGAGCCUCGAGUGUGAGAGCGCGUGUGUGUUUCCGUGCAUAUGACUGUUUGUGCAUGUGUGUGUGUGAGUGUGUGAUUCAAAAGGCGCCUAUUGGUCUAUGCUACUGUUGGUUCCCCACGUUGUGUUUCUGCUAGAGUAGGUCUGGCUGACUGCGACCGGAGACGUGAGCAACUCAGACCCGAAAAAGGACUCUGUAGUCCCACUGUGGAUCCACUCAACGGGGCUUAUUUAUUCAUUUGUUCAUAUUUAACAAUAUUUGUUUAAUAUUUCAAUCAUGUGAGGUGUUACUCACUCUUCAGAAUGCCAAGAGCUGAUGUGUGAAGACUACUACAAAUCAACAUACAAACAAACUGCAUUUACAAAGCUACUGUAAACAAAUGGUGGAAUAAAUUGUGCUAGAUGACAGACUCUA